AAUUUAUCCUCGUCCACCACACAAGUGUGGGACUUUUUUGGUGACUCACGAUGCGAUUCUAGGACUUUUGGUCAACAUUUCAUGAUCCCAUAACCCUCGUUGCACCGGCAUCUCAACAGCUUCUAGCCGCCACCAUGGCUGGUCGACGCUCCAUGUGGUCCCUUUCCUCGCGCACUCGUGUGCUCUCGACACGACCGCAAGCAGCUGGUUCCCUCCUCGACAGCAUCAUCCCUGCCACUCGUCGCACCAAAACCACCAAUUCCACCUCGGCCCUCGCAUACAAGGCCCUUCAUCGACGUUCCCCCCUUCCUCUUCCAGUCACGGAUACUUCGCCUCAGUAUGGCGCUGCCGCCGCUGUCUCCUCGAUCCUUUACGAAACUCCCGUCCCCUCUCAAGCUCCCCCCAAGAAGCAUAUUCUCAACUGCUUGGUCCAGAACGAGCCUGGUGUUCUCUCACGUGUUUCCGGUAUCCUUGCCGCUCGCGGUUUCAACAUUGAUUCCUUGGUUGUUUGCAAUACCGAGGUCUCGGAUCUAUCACGGAUGACCAUUGUUCUACAAGGCCAGGACGGCGUUGUUGAACAAGCCCGAAGACAACUCGAAGAUUUGGUUCCCGUCUGGGCCGUGCUCGACUACACAUCUGCCGCCUUGGUGCAACGCGAACUGUUGCUGGCAAAAGUCUCCAUUCUUGGACCUGAGGUGUACGAGGAGCUAAUGGAGCAUCAUAGAGAGAUGACCAGUCCGGAAAGUGAGCAUGGCUCCGGUGAACUUGGCAGUAUCGAAGAGAAUGCCGACCGCAGACUGCAAGAGCUGGAAGAGAAUCGCAGUUCGGAGGACUCCUCCCUCCUACAGCGCGCAAAGGAGUUGCUUGGCCAGGGUGGAAGCUACCAUCCCAGCCGUCUCGCUGCCAGCCAGGCUUUGCGCCACAAACACGAGCAUCUCGAGGCCAUCACUCACCUGACUCAUCAAUUUGGUGGCAAGGUCCUCGAUAUCAGCACCAACAAUUGCAUUGUCGAGGUGUCGGCCAAACCCAGCAGAAUCGAUUCUUUCAUGAAACUCAUCGCCCCCUUUGGAAUCCUGGAAUCUGCCCGUACCGGCUUGAUGGCACUCCCCAGGUCCCCUCUCUAUGGGCCUAAUGAAGAACUCCAGCGUGAUGCUGAUGAAGUGGUCGAUGCAAGCACUCUUCCUCCUGGCUAGAAACGAUUUCGAAUCUUGGCAUGGUGCAAGGCACAUGGUCAAGCUGUGGCCGUGGGCUGUGGCGUAGAUAGGAGGGGCAACCUUUGGAUAUUUUAUUCUGGCGUGAGACUACAAUUGAAGGGGACGGAUGACUGCUACAUCUCAAGUUCUCCGUUGCCUGUUUAUACGUACAAUGCCACGGAUCGAGUUUGGAGGCAACCACAUUCUCGAUUAAUUUCUCUCGAAACAUAGAUCUGAGAAUAACUGUGUUGACUUGAGUGUCCCUCUAUCAACGGUCGUGUCACGUUAUGUUGGAAGCAACUAUACAGUAUAUGUUGUCCGUAGGGUGGCCAGACGGUGGUGCGGGGCCUAAGUAAGUAGUCCCAGUUCAAUCAGGUAUAUAAUGUAAUUAGUGACAAGCUUU